AUGGAUCAAUUGUUAGACCUGGAAGCUUUAAAGCAGUUGACUCCAGAAAAGCAACAGCAAGUGAUUCAAGCAGUUAAACAACAAGCAGCAAUCGCCAACGCUCAGAAUCUCAUUACGGAUUUAUCCGAAAAAUGCACUCAGAAGUGUAUCUCGGCUCCUGGAAGCUCUCUUUCAAACUCUGACAAACAGUGUUUACAACGAUGUAUGGAUCGCUUUAUGGACUCAUGGAACCUCGUAUCUCAAACUCUUCAGAAACGUCUUCAAGACGAGCUAGUAUCCAGCGGUGCUUACGGGCAAUCUUCAUUUUCUUAA